AUGUCUUCACGUCUUACAAGCUAUUUUGGUGUCAGGCGUGCUUGCACUCCAUCUUCUUCAAAGACUACGAAUGGUUUUGAGAAUGCGAAAUCAAAUGUGUUUAAGGCAGCUUCUGCGGAUUCUAAUCCUAUCCGAAGUGCCCCUACCUCAUCGGCUUCAACUGAGUCGCAGAAGAAAGAUAGGCGGAUCAAUGCUCUCAAUAAAAUUAAAGGAACGCACGUGACCAGAACCCGCAAUAGGUUUAAUAGGGCCAAGUUACCACCGAAAAAACUGCCUGCAUACAUGCGUUUCGUGUACUUGGCACGAAAGGAGGAUCUCAAAUCGGCCAUUUCCCCAAAGCUAGCGCCCUCUUGUAAAGGAGACAUUGCUGUCGGUAAAGAAACACGUGAGCAUACUGGAACUGGAAUGUCGACAGAUUUAGCUGAAUCCAGGUUUUCUUCGGUAAAGGAUGAAAAUCUAGGGGCCUCUCAGACAAGGGCCGACAGUGAAGAACAGGUGGUGUCUCGUGGUUUAUCACAGUCGAGUGAUGUCCCAGAGGUUGCCCUUAAAAACUUCGUAAUCUCGAUACAGAAACGUUCUGAAGAUAGGCUGAAGCUUCACGUCCCAAAAGAGAUCCAAGCUCUAACAGAAUCCGGAAACUGCUCCAAUGUUUCGGUUGAGGAGACCUCGACGUGUUUUGAAAAAGACAACACAGCAAUUGAGCGAGUUGAAACAAGUGUUGUACCUGGCUUCUCUUUUCCUUCUGAUUUGCAUCUACCCCAUCAUAUGGAGCGGCUACUGGAACUAUUUCGAACGUGUGAAUCUCUUGUCAGCACACUUCAUAACCGCUCCGAGGUAUGUAGCUUUGACAAAAUCAAACCAGCUGUCCAAGAAGUGGUUUCACUUCUGAUAGGUUUCAGUCGUCUUUUAAGUGACUUUACUGAAGUAACGGUCGGGAAGUUUUCCGCAGUCUAUCCUUUAGCUUACAGUUUUCGUUACGACAAGCAACUGGACAGAAUAACUAAGCGUCCACUCAGCACGUACACGCUGGUUCUUGUGCCAAAUUUGCGGACAGAUGGCACUCAAAUGGCGUACGAAUCGCCCUCAAAAGGUCAUCUUGCCUUUACUGGCACUCGGCUCAUUCAGCGCCGUCAUAUCUUCCAUAACUCACUUCUGCAACGAGUGAAGAAGGCACAUCGGGAGUUUCUGAUGGGGCGUUUUGGUCUUUCGGAGGAUGAUUUGCCAGAGGAUUCCAGCCUGCGUCGAUGGCACCCUGCUUUUGCACUGGACACUGUUGUUCCCGAAGUCGAACCCAUUCCUCUGCCUCCACGGCCCCCCAACAGCACUGGUGAUGACGACAAGAUCACCUCAGCAAGCGAAGCUGUGGCUGCAUUCCGUACGCGGGCUCUAUUCAGGGAGGCCAAGGCUUGUGAAAACUUGGUACCUAAAGGCGUUACAGAUCAAAAGUUUGCGCCUCCUACCCCAACUACCGCCACCGCUGAUCCUAAUAGAACUUCCAACAGCGCUGCCCUGAGGGGUGUGUCGGCCGCUCUUCUAGCCAAGGUACGUGAGCGCGAAAGACAAUUAAACUUAUCCAUUCUAGCCCAGCCGGUCGUCUCGGCCUCGGAGAGGGCUGCCUACUCUGCUUUGCCAGUUACCAUCACACAGAUCUGGCGGGAAUUACGAGGUGCCAGUAGACGUCCGGUUCCAACUUCUCUCAUCGCCACGCGGCUCAUCCAAUCCAGCGCAUCUGGUCUCUCACUUGAUGAGGCAAUGGCCAGAAUCGAAAAUUUGCUCACUCUGAUGCCCGAUUGGGUGGAAAAGGUUGCCUGGGCUCGACCCCAUCUGCGAUUUAAAGGAGGCAGCGCGGAUCGACCAUUAAAAGAAGUGAUUGACGAGGCGAAGGCCAAAGCAUCAACAAUGAGUCUCUCCUAG